AGUAACACAACUCGACUGUCAUUUAACAAGGAUGGUGCUGUGUGCAGUGAGGCGGCAGCUCCUGAGGAGCAGCAGCUGCCGGGGAUUCUGGGUCAGGCUGCUGCAGAGACAGAGCAGCGGCUGCGUGUACUCCAGCGUCCAUGGCUUCCAUCAGGAGGAGAUCAGAGAGAAGCUGCAGGCCUUUCCCGGAGGCUCCAUCGAGCUGCUGAAACAGGACUCUGGCAUCGCCGUCCUGACCAUCAACAACCCCUCUCGUAUGAACGCCUUCUCCGGCAGCAUGAUGGUGGAGUUGGAGGAGAGGGUGACCCAGCUGGAGAACUGGACGGACGGCAAAGGUGUCAUUAUUCGGGGUGCUGGUGAAACUUUCUGCUCCGGAUCUGAUCUCAACGCUGUCCGAGCCAUCUCUAACCCACAGGAUGGGAUGAAAAUGUGCAUGUUCAUGCAGAAUGCUCUCACAAGGCUGCUCAGGCUGCCUCUCAUCUCUGUUGCUCUGGUGGAGGGCCGAGCUUUAGGAGGAGGUUCAGAACUCACCACGGCCUGUGAUUUUAGAUUAAUGGCACCGGGCAGCGUGAUCCAGUUCGUCCACAAACACAUGGGUCUGGUCCCGGGCUGGGGCGGCGCUGCGCGGCUCGUCCGCAUCGUCGGCAGCCAGCACGCGUUGAAGCUGCUCGGCGGCGCCGUGAAAGUGGACCCUGAACUCGGCCUGCACAUCGGACUGGCAGACGGAGUUUUAGAGACUGGCCAGGAAGCCGACGAUGCAGACGGCCACCUGCAUCAGGCUGAGGACUGGCUCAGUAGAUACACCAGAGGACCCGCCCCGGUGAUCCGGGCCGUGAAGAGAGUGGUGCUGUCGGGGAGAGAGCUCCCUCUCACAGACGCUCUGAGAGCAGAGAAGGACGUGUUCGGGACGGUGUGGGGGGGGCCGGCCAACCUGCAGGCCUUAGCCACCAAACCCAAACACAAGUGACUUGGCAGGAGAGGCUCGUGUCAGCAUCUGAAGAGGACGUCAGUACAGCGAAGACCUCCCAAGAUGCUUUUGUUGGGGCCUUGUCCUGGUCAAAACAUGUGGAGAUUACUGAACUUUGGCAAAGUUGAGGCAUUUUUUAAUUCAAAUCUGGAUUUUUACUUCAGAAUGUCACAGUCUGCUGGUUGACUGGCUCGCAGGGAACCAAAGAGCUCUCUUCCUCACAUUAAAGUUAUGUCUGACAUAAUACCUCCUCUCACCCAUGACUGGAGCUGAAAUGCAGACCUUUCUGCAGUGAUGCAUCUCAAUUUCUGUUGUUGGUUAGGCAAUUCAAAUAAAUGAACAGCUGUGUCCUCAUUUUGGUUUGUUUAAUCACAAAUUAUACAGCUUUU